GUUGCAAUAUGUCUGGAGCGUAUUAGAGGCUUUGUAUUGUUGUUCCCACUUGAUGUUGUCGUUCCAGCAACCCGUCUGACACUGCAACUGUCCGUAAGUGGAAGCGUUUCUUAUAACCGCCAGUCGGUCUCGUUUGAAAUAUCAGAAUGAAGACGCGGAUCUGAAGCCAAAUCGCUCUUCAGUCUUCACCUUAAGGAUCUUUUCCGUCGCAGGUGUGUAAUGAAUAUAACUGUGAAGUAAUACCUUCGGCUGCACCAUGCGUUCUCGUUGUCUGUUUUAGUGUAUUUGCAGGUGAUCUGGACAACAACCGGGAGAUAGAACACCAGAUGAAACCGUUGGCGAUUGUAUGCUUUGUGCAAACAGUAUAUCAUAUGCCUCUACACUACUCGACAUGGGUUUCCUGUUAUCGUGUUUUCUGAAACGAUAUGUCUUGCAGGUUGAGGGUAUAUGACGCUGCGGCCUCCCACAAGAGAGACGCAAGCAUAGUGUUGGAGCAAGCAAUGUGGUGGAGGCUCUUGCUUGUCAUGACGAGGUUUACCAGUGCUUUUGCGGCAGGGAGGCAAGUUGGACUGGAAACGAGGUGUGCUCUUUUUCGUUGUUGUUCACUGUUCGACCAUUACCAGUUUGGUGCCCCCAUGAAUUACACCGUCAUGUGUGUUGAUGAUAAAUGGAUAUACUUUGAAAGGUACGUACUCGUGAGUGGUCAAUAAAGUGAAUUGUUGCUGCUAUCUACUGUUUUGUGCGGGUUCUCAUGUACCGCAGACAUGAAGGGCUUUUUUUGUCUGUAUACAGUUCAUAUAGAAUUUAUGCAUACAAUAUGUAUACAUUUUACUGUAUACAGCCAGUUUCGAAAUUGGGGCUAACAUGUAUACAGUUUCUAAACAAUAUCCUUUCGACUUUGUACACGUUUUGGCUACCUAAUUUGUAACGACUCCCGCGCCCAUUUCUUAGAAGAGCUAUAUAAAAACUAGAUAGGAGCUGUAUACAUUUUUUAUCUACCUUCAACCCACCCAACCCGGGAUUUUGUAUACAGUACGUAUACACCCUGUAAAAAUUUUUUUUCAUAAGGAACCUGUCAACACAAUUCUGCACUGCGAGUGUAGUGAAAGUUUAAAUCCUGCCACGAUUAAAUCUGGAUGAAAUCGAAUCCCACUUUAAAGCACAUUUAUCAAAUGCGACGCCAGAUCCAGAAGGCUGGAAACAUAAAAAAAGUUUCGUGGAAGAACAAUCCAGCUAGCGCAUCUAAAUCCUGAUACUUCCACAGAACUGGAAUGCAAUCAAAUUUUGAAUCCUUUCUUAGAUGCAUUAUUCAUUCUGAAGCUAAAUUUGUUUGCAAAAUGAAGUUUACAUCUAAAUUCAUUGGAAUUUUUUCCCAUACUUGAUUUCGAUUUGAUUUGCCGCAUCCUUAAAAAUAACCUAAAUUUGUUUGGUCAAAUUCGCAUCUCUCAUGUAGACUGGUAUACAUAUUAUACUGUGAAGCCAAUGUACAUCUCAUUGCUUAGUCGACCACUGAAACUGCAAUUUAUUAACGGACGAGCGUUUAUCAGCUUUACAUACAACAUGUGUCUCAUACUUAAAUGAUUCGUGUUUCUUCCUUUACACAUAUCAUGAACCAGCCAGAGGAGCGAGGCACAAAACAAGCCACAAAGACACAUUCAAGAAAGGCACUCAAGGUGGUUGAGAUAUUGCGUCAAACGAAGUGGGCCUUCCAACAAUACCAACUUGUUAAAUAAAUAUUUUUAUAAAGCACAUUUCCUGCACAUGUUGUGUUGGUGACAAGUAAUCUGAGCAGCGAAUGUUAGAUUGUGGAUGUAUUUACCAAGUAGGUUUUCCAGCCUUGAAGAGUCGUAUCAUCACUCCAGAGCACAAUUACAUCGUACCGUAUAUCAGUCAACAGCGAUGCCCUUGUUCUAUAUUGUCUACACAUCUUUGUUCCUGUGAAGCAUUUAUGUGCGGUCUCCGUUAGUACAAUUGGGUAUGGGUUGAAUAGCAGUACCUCGUCAUAAGUACCACUCGUGUAUAAGGAAUGUGCGUCGCACAGGAGCUAGUGCAAACGCGUGGAGCUGUAGAACAAAGCUUAGCAGAUAGUCUUGGUUUGCUAUCAGUAGCUGUAUCAUUGCCUGUACUUGUGUGUUGUUCACCGCCAUAAAUAUCACAGCAAUAAGUAAUGUCGUCAACUAUGUAUUUUCCAUGCAGGAUGGUUGUAGCAUUAUCAACAACAUCGAACAGCUACCUUACACCCCAGUGGUGGUUGCGCUUGGUGAAGACCUGUUCAGCCACAACCGGUUUUACGUUGUUGUGGAGCACGUUCCGCUCUUCGAGGAUGUGCAGUCAUUUUCGGACACAAUCAUGCUCAUGUUUGCAGCCUACUUUGUUUUCAACAUUGGAUACCCAAAGGAAGUUGGAGCAUCACUGGAAUUCAUUGAGAAUCAUAUCAUGAACCUGGGCGCCGGGAAACGCUGAAACGAGAAGAAGCUGAAGACGAGAAGGUCACUGAAGCUGAUGCAGCUCUUGAGCCAGUAGCCGCAGAUAUUUUAGUAAACGCUGUCGCUUUGUAACAUGGC